UUGCGCAUGCGCAAUUGUUCCCAAAGCGGCCGCGUGGGUGAACACCGCUCGUUCGUAGGGUAUCACUUGGCGACGUGCCCGGAACUGCAGUAGUUUGAAGUCAACGGCUUUGUAUACCAAAGAGGGCGCCUGCAAACAGAACCCCCGCAACACCACAACGGCACUUCCUUUUCGUCGCCAGAUCGCGUUACCGCAGGCACGCAUCAGGCUGCGGGCAGCGAGAUCGAGAUUGCAUUACAUCAGCGACGACGCCGGCGGAGUCCCCGGAUAGGCAAUACUUGCACACUGCUGAGAACUAACUCUACUUCCCGUCAUAAGUGAGGCCUGCGGAGAGUCGUUUACUGUUCAGCAUGAGACGACGCCGCCGACAUAGCUAGAGACUGAAUCUUUCGAGUCCGUGGCUCUCUCGUACGUGUGGUGUUUCUCCUACCAGCAGGCGGAGCGGAGCGGCCUUAUCGCACGGUGUGUGUAUGCUUUUCCGUGCAGGUCUCUGAUUGAUACGCUUGAUUGGUGGCAGGGCUUGAAUAAAACACCGGAUUUUACUCAACAUCUGGUCUGCACACAGUGUUUCUGUGCUAUAUAUAUGCUACGUGGAGUGGAGGAAUAGAGUGAUCUCUCUUGGCGUUAGGUGUUAGUAAUUUGACAGGACUCUCACAGAGUAUUGGGCAAUGUCUCCCACCGUUGGGCAAGCUGCGUUGCUGUGUGGUGCCGUGGCAACACUGGCAUACUUGAACACUCUGAGCUGUGGUUUAGUCUACGAUGAUAUAGGAGCAAUCAGGAAGAACAUGGACCUCCGUCCUAGUUCACCUUGGUUGAAUUUGUUGUUCAAUGAUUACUGGGGGCACCCCAUGGAGGAUGAGUACAGUCACAAGUCGUAUCGUCCUCUGACGGUGGCCACUUUUCGGCUGAACUACAUGCUGCACGAGCUGGAGCCGCUGGGCUACCACUUGGUGAACGUGCUCCUGCACAGUGCAGUGGUCUACCUGUACGUACUGCUGUGUGGUGUGGUCUUCACUGAAGUGUGGCCGGCACUGAUAGCUGGACUACUGUUUGCAGUCCACCCCAUACACACUGAGGCGGUUGCAGGUGUUGUAGGGAGGGCAGAGUUACUGGCCGGUGUGUUCUUUCUUGCCGCUAUCCUUUGCUACAUGAGAUCUUCAAAGAGAGAUUCAACGUUGUGGCAGGUCGCGAGUAUGGUGUGUGCUGUGUGCUCCCUGUUGUCCAAGGAGCAAGGUGUCACCGCCCUAGGGGUCUGCGUAGUGUUCGACAUUGCCACUUCUAGCAAGGAAUCUGGGCUGUCAAUUCUCGUCGACACAUUCACAGCGGGAAAGAGAAAUGCAACUAAACUGCUGAAACGUGCGAAGAGUACGAUUCUUUUCGGAGCUGUUGCAGUCGGUGGCAGGGUUAUCUUGGGUCACGGUAGCCCGGGCCCUCUUGUGUUUCACAGGUAUGUCAAUCCCAGCAAGGGAUUUGGACACUCCAUACAGACAGCUCAGUUGGCUCUACCUCACAUUCUCUAACUCCUGGCUACUUAUCAAUCCAUUCAACCUGUGUGCCGACUGGAGAUUCGGGGCUGUCCCUCUCAUCAACUCGCUAACGGAUCCCCUCAACUUGUUGACCCUGCUGGUGUUGGGGUGUCUGACAGGACUUGCUGCGUGGAGUCUCAGUGGCUGUGGAGAGAGACACAGAACAGUGGCCAUCUCCCUCUCUCUCCUGGUCCUCCCCUACCUCCCAGCCUCCAACCUCUUCUUCCCCGUGGGCUUUGUAGUGGCUGAGAGAGUCCUCUACAUCCCUAGUAUGGGCUUCUGCAUGCUGGUCGGCUUCGGGGCAUGGCAACUCGUACAAAAAACCCACCAAAUCUCAAAAUUUCUCCAACGAUGUAUGCAUUUCUCUCUAGCCCUUUUGCUAGUUACAUACUCCCUCAAGACGGUGACUAGAAAUCUCGACUGGGAAUCUGGGAUGACUAUAUACACAUCUGGAGUGAAACUUAACCCUGCAAGUGGCGUAAUGCAGUCAAAUCUCGGAAUAGAAUACGCAAUGAGGAAUCAAUACGACAUGUCGGAAAAGCUUUAUCGAGCAUCGAUGGAAGCUGCGCCAGACUACGCCCGUGCCUUCUUCAACUUUGGAAAGCUGAUGAAGAUUCAGGACCAGCAUGACAGUGCAGAGUGGGGUUUCCGCCGUGCCAUAGCCCUGGGGGAAAGUGACAGGGGCAACGGUAAGCAGCUCGGGGAGGCGUACUAUCACCUCGUCGACACGGUGUCGGCCAAUCCACGGAGACUGGGAGAAGCGUUGGAGAUUUGCGAGAGCGGAAUAGAGUUUGCCGAUUCGUUUGGUCAACUCUACAUAACCUACUCGAAUCUCCUGGUACUGGUGAACAGAACGGAGGAUGCGCUGCCCGUGACAAAGAUGGCGGCCCGAAGCAAUCCGAGAUCGCCCGCGGCACUGUAUAACCUGGGCCUGGUCCACAUGAAGUUGAACCAGCUGCCGGAAGCAGCGGUGGUUUUCAGGAGAGCACUCUCGCUGCAGGAACACAGCGUGCAAGUUUUGUACAAUCUGGCAAGCAUAUUACAGGUCACGGCAAACGGACGCCAGGAAACACUGCAAGAAGCUCUGGAAUUGUGGAUGAAGUUACUUUCGACCGAGCCCUACCACACGGAAGCUCUCGUAAACCUGGCUUCUCUUUACUACGAGCUGAACGACAUUCCCAAGACGCGGAACACCCUGCUCCAGAUUCUUCAACAGUCGCCCAACCACACUGACAGUCACUACAGGCUGGGUGUCCUGGACUACAUGCAGGGGAACUACAAACAGGCGAGAGAGACGUUUUCAAAGAUCUCACUGAUGCAGCCCGGGUACAGAAGGACACAGGCUUACUUAGAGAAGACUGAGAGAGAACUGCUUCACCAAAGAACACUAUAAACAAAUCAUGGUAUUAUAUCCCAUCAGCUCCAUUUAUCAUUUCCCGCUUGUGUUUGUGUUUUUUUUUCAUUCUGUGUUUGCUUUUCUCAUCAUAAACUCAUUGAUCGACACUAUUUGUGUGUUUUGAAGAAGGCG